GCACUUAUUUGCCUGUGCAUUGUUGGCGUAAUCAUGUACAGAUAUCUCGGCAUGGCAGCAGGGGGACGGAGAAUCAGCAGGAAGGUGGGUCUGAGGACCAACCAGACCCAGUUCACCCUGGAGGGAGAGCCCUUCCGCAUCCUCGGGGGGUCCAUCCAUUAUUUCCGUGUGCCGAGGGCCUACUGGAGGGACCGCCUGAAGAAGAUGAAGGCCUGUGGCAUCAACACGCUCACUACGUACGUGCCGUGGAGUCUGCACCAGCCAGAGAGAGGGGCUUUCAACUUCCACACACAGCUGGAUUUAGAGGCCUAUAUCAAUCUUGCUGCUGAAUUGGAGCUGUGGGUGAUUUUACGUCCAGGGCCCUACAUUUCCUCUGAGCUGGAUUUAGGAGGACUUCCAAGCUGGCUUCUCCGUGAUGGCAGCAUGAGACUGAGGACCACGUACCCAGGCUUCACUGAGGCUGUCAAUACUUUCUUUGACAAACUGAUACCAAAAGUGGUUCCACUGCAGUUCAAGAAAGGAGGUCCCAUUAUUGCAGUGCAGGUGGAAAACGGCUAUGGAUCCUUUGCACAGGAUGAAAGUUACAUGCUUUUCAUUAAAGAGGCCUUAGAGUCCAGAGGGAUCAGCGAGCUCCUGCUCACAUCAGACAACCACAACACAUUAAAGCUGGGCGGUGUGGAUGGAGCCAUCAGAUCAGUGAAGCUGCAGAAGCUGAAUCAAAGAGACAUCCAAGAUCUGAUUGCUAUCCAGCCCAACAGCCCCACCAUGGUGAUGGACUACUGGACCGGCUGGUACGACGUCUGGGGUGACCUCCACCAUGUUCUUCCCCCUGAAGAUAUGGUGUCCACCCUGAGAGAAAUCCUGAGGCGAGGCAUGUCCGUCAACCUCUACAUGUUCCACGGAGGCUCCAGUUUUGGCUUCAUGAGCGGAGCCCUGGCGGAUCCCUCCUACAGAGCCCUGGUGCCCAGCUACGAUUAUGAUGCUCCCCUGUCUGAAGCUGGGGAGUACACUCUGAAGUACCAUCUCCUGAGGGAUUUAUUCUCCCGAUACAACACAGCAGAAGACAGUUUCCUUGAUAUGCCAGCCCUGCAUUACAGGGAGACGUAUGAACCAGCUAUCAUGUAUAUGCACCUGUCAUUAUGGGAUGCCUUGAGCUUCACUGAGGGACCAUUUAAGUCAUACAUGCCAGUAAGCAUGGAGAACCUGCCUGUGAACAACGGGAACGGCCAGUCCUACGGAUACACACUGUAUGAGACCACCAUCACCAGUGGAGGACUAUUAAAGUCUGGAGAUAAUGUCAGAGACCGGGCCCUAGUUUUUGUAAACAGAAGCUACAUUGGCCUUUUUAAGCGCAAAACCCUGGAGCUGGCCGUUCCUGAUGGUAAGGGACCACGUACCUUGAGUUUAUUGGUCGAAAACUGUGGACGAGUUCACCAGGGACGGGACCUUGACAAACAACAUAAAGGCCUUGUGGGAGACAUUUCAUUAAACAGUAUCCCCUUGCGAGAUUUUACAAUAUACAGCCUGGAUAUGAAACCCAGCUUUAUUGAUAGUCUUUAUCGGGCACCUUGGAAGGGUCCGCCUAACACACCCAGCUUCCCUGGAUUUUUCAUGGGGAGGCUGUUUGCAUACGGAUAUCCGAGUGACACAUUUGUAAAGCUGCCAGGCUGGGAGAAAGGUGUUGUCUUUAUCAAUGGGCUGAAUCUGGGGCGCUACUGGACAAUUGGCCCCCAGCAGGCUCUCUACCUCCCCGGGCCCUUCCUCAACAGUGGAAUCAACCAGGUCAUUGUGUUUGAGGAGCAGGAGGCCGACUACAAGGUCCACUUUGAGGACACGCCUGAUCUCGGCAUGGCAGCAGAAAUCCAGUGACUGCCAUCAACUCUUUUGACAAAGAAAAGAAAAGUGCCUAUUGCAUCAGGUCCAAACAUACAAAUGUAGGGCUAUCAAGACUGUUUAUAUCAUUUCCAUUAUUAGAUAUAAUAGCUUAAAAUCUUCAUACAUAUACAGACACACGAUAUGAAAAACAAAGAGAGGCAUGUUUGUUUGAGAGCAUUUUAUAGCAUUUUAUAGCUAUAUACAUACAGUACCUUUAGUUACAGUGACUCUUUACACAUAGAGCAGAUUUACCAAGUAUAUUCUCUUACAAAUGGAUUUUUUUUUUUUUUAACUUAAAGGGGAAUCGUUUCUGUUCGGGGUUGGCAGUUAUGUUUGAUAUUGUUGUUAGAUUUGUAUUGAGUGUGUGAAUAUUCUGCAGAAUGCAGUUAUUAAAAUGGACACGUUAGCCUGUAAAAGAAAAACCAGGCUUAUGAGACGAUAAGAGCUGAGGCUCUUUCAAAUAAAAAACACACAAAAGCAGCAUUGUAGCAACAUCAGACCCUUAUCUUUCAGUGAAAGUUCAAGGUUUCAGAUGCCCGACACAUAGAUAACUAACCAAACUUCUAACAAUCACAGAGUCUGAGAACAUUAGCAUU